AUGGUCCAUCCUCAGGAGGUCGAUGUCAUUGUUGCAGGCGGUGGGCCUGCAGGAUGUGUCGUUGCUGGGCGAUUGGCCUAUUCCGAUCCCAACCUCAAGGUCAUGUUGAUUGAAGGUGGUGCAAAUAACAGAGACGACCCAUGGGUCUAUCGUCCUGGUAUCUAUGUCCGUAACAUGCAGCGGAAUGGAAUCAACGACAAGGCAACAUUCUACACCGACACCAUGAACUCCGAGUUCAUGCGUGGCAGGAAGAGUAUCGUCCCCUGUGCCAACAUCCUUGGUGGUGGUAGCAGUAUCAACUUCCAGGUCGGUCGAUUCCGAUUCAUAGGCCUUGUAUGUGUUCUGACUUGGGCAAACUGUUCGACUAGAUGUAUACUCGGGCUUCGGCGUCGGACUGGGGCGAGUUUAUUCGUAUCGCAGUGGAUUUCCUUCCAAUCCUUUCUAGAUGACUUCAAGACACCGGGCUGGACUGCCAAAGAUCUCUUGCCGUUGAUGAAGCGCCUCGAGAACUACCAGAAGCCCACCAAUAAUGACACCCAUGGCUAUGAUGGACCAAUCGCGAUCUCCAAUGGUGGAACAAUCACUGCCCUUGCGCAGGACUUCCUUCGCGCGUCGGAUGCUAUUGGCGUGCCCUUCAGUGACGACAUCCAGGACCUCGACACCUCGCAUGCCUCUGAAAUUUGGGCGAAAUAUAUCAAUCGACACACUGGACGCCGAAGCGAUGCUGCGACUGCCUAUGUCCACAGCGUCAUGGACGUCCAGAGCAACCUCUUCCUCCGCACCAACUCGCGUGUUUCUCGUGUCAUCUUCGAGGGUAAUAAGGCUGUCGGCGUCGCCUAUGUCCCUGCCCGUAAUCGUGCGCAUCAAGGCCAAGUGAUGGAAACCAUCGUCCGUGCCCGUAAAUGCGUCGUUUUGAGUAGCGGAACUCUCGGGACUCCCCAAAUAUUGGAGCGUUCUGGUGUCGGUAGCGCUGAGCUAUUAAAGAAGCUCGAUAUCAAGGUGGUCAGCGAUCUUCCUGGCGUCGGUGAGCAAUACCAAGAUCAUUAUACCACGCUUUCCAUCUUCCGUGUUUCUAACGAGAGCGCAACUCUUGACGACUUCCUCCGUGGUGACAAAGAGGUUCAAAAAGAACUGUUCCAAGAGUGGGAAGUCUCUCCAGAGAAAGCGCGCCUUUCGUCGAAUGCUAUUGAUGCAGGGUUCAAGAUUCGCCCUACCGAGGCAGAACUGAAGGAAAUGGGCCCCGAAUUCAACGCACUUUGGGAUACCUACUUCAAGGACAAGCCCGACAAACCAGUCAUGUUUGGCUCCAUAGUCUCCGCCGCUUAUGCGGACCACUCGCUGCUUCCUCCCGGUAAAUACAUGACGAUGUUCCAAUACCUCGAGUACCCCGCUUCGCGUGGCAAGAUCCACAUCGCCAGCCCCAACCCUUACGUCGAGCCGAGUUUCGACAGCGGUUUCAUGAACAACAAGGCCGACUUUGCCCCUAUCCGCUGGAGCUACAAGAAGACUCGCGAGGUCGCUCGUCGUAUGGAUGCUUACCGUGGCGAGUUGACCUCGCAUCACCCCCGCUUCCACCCUGCCUCGCCGGCGGCCUGCAAGGAUAUUGAUAUCGAGACCGCAAAGGGGAUGCUUCCUAACGCGCUCACCGUCGGUAUCCAUAUGGGUACCUGGCACAAGCCCGGCGACCAGUAUGAUGCUGCCAAGGUUCACGAGGACAUCAAAUACACCGCCGAGGACGACCAGGCCAUCGAUGACUGGAUUGCCGACCACGUUGAGACGACCUGGCACAGUCUAGGCACUUGCGCGAUGAAGCCCCGCGAGGAAGGCGGUGUUGUCGAUGGCCGCCUCAACGUUUUCGGGACGCAGAACCUCAAAUGCGUCGACCUGUCGAUUUGCCCUGACAACUUGGGGACCAACACCUACUCGUCUGCGUUGUUGGUCGGCGAAAAGGGUGCAGAUCUGAUCGCAGAGGACUUGGGGCUCAAACUGAAGGUGCCGCAUGCUCCCGUUCCCCAUGCACCAGUGCCCAAAGGAAUCCCUGCGACCCAGCUGGUCCGCUGA